AUGAAUGAUUCCAACCUCUCGUCUGCAAUGGAUCUUUCAUUCCUGUCAGAGGAAUCGAGUUUGCAGCAAAUAGGCUCUUUGAACACGCCUAAAUUGCCCAAAGCAGAAAAGCGUAAACGUGGUAGACCGAGAACUAAACCUGUUGUACCGGUUGAAUUAGAUGCAAAUGGAAAUCCAAUCAAAAAACAACGAGGACGACCACGAAAGAACCCAACCACAGAAGCUCGUAAAAGCGCCAAAAAAGAACCUAUAUUGGAUGAAAAUGGUCUUCCGGUAAAGAAACGGCGAGGAAGGCCUAGAAAAUCUCUAAUUGAUCCAACUAAUAUAUCUUUUACUUCAGAAUCUAAGAAGAAUACUACCACUGAUAAUAAUAACAAUAUCCAGGACACAUCAGGAGGUAUUCCAAAAGCUUCGAGAGCUAAGCAUUCUCACAAUGUUCUUCCAAUUCCAAUUCAGCCAAAGAAACGAGGACGACCCAAGAAAACUGAAUCGAUUGUGAGCGUAAGGACAGAACAAUUGCAUGAAGAUAUGAACUACUCAAAUGAUAUGAAACUUAAGAUUGAAAAGAUCCUACAUAAGAAAGAUAACUACCCAAAUCUAAUCUCUUCCAGAGAUACCUUUGAUCCUAAAAAGUCGUCACACCGGAGUGACGUGAGUGAACUUGAAUCUUCCCCGGUUAAAGAUAAUAGCCAACGAAAAAGUAUACAUUGUGCGUCAAGUAGUAUUGCGGGAGUGACGGACAGCAUUUCAGCGUAUAGUAGCAAAGGUUCAACAUCAUUAUCAUCAGAUGACUCUUAUAAACCUGAAGUUGACCCGCUCGAAAAAGUACAAUCAGAUCAUCGAGCAGAUAAGGGCCGAAUAGAGUUUGGUGAUAACACAGCAUCUGAUCAACUUCAAAGAGGCACUGACAGCGCAAUUCAGACACAAGCACCUCGGAAAAGAGGAAGACCAAAAAAAUUACGAGAUGAGACUGCGGAGCCAAAGAUAAAAAGACCCAGAGGGCGUCCACCAAAGGACAAAGACAAUAAAGAUAAAAAUCAAUCUGCUUCUAACACCGAAAAGUUACCUGAAAAUCAAUGGACACUAAAUGACAUUAUAAGUUGCAGAAUGCAACAAAAGGAUCAAUUAGAAGCUUCUCCAAAGAAAAAAAUAAAACUUGCGAAGACAGCAGCUCAAUUAGGGAUUAAUGACUCCAAGGGUUCCCAGGUGGGAGAAACUUCAUUUAUGCAAUCUGUUGAAAAGAAUAAAGAUGUUUUCUUAGACUUUAAGAAGAACAAAGAAAAAGCCACAAAACCCAACACAAUCUUGGAUGACAGUUAUGAUGUCUUCAGUUUUGACAACAAUGGAACGAGCAACUUUGUGAUACCUGAAGAGGCGUUCCCUGCUCAGAGCAGUAAAAAGAAUAAAACCGAAAAAUCAAGCCCAAUGAAGCCUUUAAAAGAGCAACUGGAACUUAUUGAUACUGAUAUAGCAUUCAGCGAUGAAAGUGAAAAUGAUAGUGAUUACUCUCCCAAUGACAACCAGGACGGAGUUCAUUCAUCACCUGUUCAAAGUUUACCAGAUCGUGAACGAGAUUUGCUUCGGCCUAAGCAGAAUCCAAUAGAUGAGCCAGAACUCGCCAAUGACGUUUCAAGAGCUCAAAAUAGAAUGGAACAGGGUGCCGAUAUUAGCAAUGAGCUAGUCGAAAGUCACGCUAACAAUUUGGGUGCGGAUAACACGGAGCGAAGAACUUCAAACCGAUUAUCAGAUGAAUGGUCUUUAUCUUUAACAUUCCAAGAUGUCAACGGGCAAGGAACACCAGAUGUAUCGCCCUCCAACAAGCCAAAAGUAUCUUUCGCACCAUUUCCCUCCUCACCAGACGUGGACACUAAAGCUGUCAUUAACAAUUCUAACCAUUCUACGGAUCACCCACAUCUGGAUCAAAAAUACCAAGAUGCAGAAUCAAUAACGCAGACCACUCCUAUUGAAAGCCUACCAAAAUGGAACGUAUUACAUAACAGUGAGCUAACUUCCUUGAGUGAGGAUGUCUUAACACUUAAUAAGUAUUUCAGCGAUCUGUUAUUGUACAUGAAUAGAAUUGAUGCUUCAUUGGCUUCUGAUUUAACGGGUGAGCUGACUUUUUUCAUAAACAGCAUGCCUAAUGAGGAGCUUGCCCUGAACUUCAAGAACUGGAUUGAUCAGAAAGGAAAGGAGAUUUUUGAAUCUUUUGAAACCACCAUUAAUACAAAAAUAGAGACAUUACAACGACAAUUCUCAACAGCAAAGGAAUUCAUACAGCAAAUCGAUGACGACUCCGUCUUGCUUGAGUUUGCUAAUAGGUUUAAUAUUGACUUCUGA